AUGGCUCCAAAAAACGAUUCUUUUAAAGAUGGCGAUGCAAAGAAAGGUGCAGGGCUAUUCAAGACGCGAUGCGCGCAAUGUCACACCCUAGAAGAGGGCGCCGGUAACAAAAUCGGGCCAAAUCUACACGGUCUUUUUGGGCGCAAGACAGGUCAGGUUGAGGGCUUUUCGUACACGGAUGCGAAUGUUCACAAGGGCAUCACAUGGAAAGAGGACACUUUGUUUGAAUACCUAGAGAACCCGAAGAAAUAUAUACCCGGCACGAAGAUGGCUUUCGGCGGCUUGAAGAAAGGAAAGGACAGGAACGAUCUGAUCACACAUCUCCGGGAAGCCACGAAGUAG